AUUUUCUUACUGCAGGUCCUGUCCGGCUGUGGUGUCUAUGAUGGCACAGAAAUUCAUGAGGCCUCAGCCAUACUGGUACACCUUAGUCGUGGGGGAGCUGAGGUUCAGAUGUAUGCUCCAGAUGUUCCUCAGAUGCAUGUCAUUGACCACAGUAAAGGGCAGCCAGCUGAAGCUGAGUCAAGGAAUGUUUUAGUGGAAUCUGCAAGGAUUGCUCGUGGUAAAAUCACAAGCCUGGCUAAACUUACUACAACAGACCAUGAUGCUGUGAUAUUUCCUGGUGGAUUUGGAGCUGCUAAAAACUUAUCUACCUUUGCUGUUGAUGGGAAAGAUUGCAAGGUGAAUAGCGAAGUUGAACGUGUCUUGAAAGACUUCCACAAAGCAGGCAAACCUAUUGGUCUUUGCUGCAUUUCACCAGUGCUGGCAGCAAAGGUUCUCUCUGGUGCUGAGGUAACUGUGGGGCAUGAAGAAGAGGAAGGUGGCAAGUGGCCUUAUGCUGGAACUGCAGGAGCCAUUAAAGAACUGGGAGGAAAGCACUGUGUCAAAGAAGUAACUGAAGCUCACGUGGAUGCAAAGAACAAGGUGGUAACUACCCCAGCAUUCAUGUGUGAAACAGAAUUACAUAACAUCUUUGAUGGCAUUGGAGCCAUGGUAAAAAAUGUGCUAAAAUUAACUGGCAAGUAAAGUGACUAUUUCUAAAAGUAAAACUCUAGAAAUGUUUGAAUUUAGGGUAUAGUAUCAAAAAAAUGGACCAAUGGAAACAUUUUCACCUGCUUUUCCUGUUCACGCUCUCAUAAGUGCUGAUAUGAAACUGAUUCUUUCCCAGCUGUGGGAAUUUCCAAGUGCUUUCCAGGAGAGGGGCCUGCAGAACGGCUCGCAGAAUAUAAGCAGUCUGGCCUGAGACACAGAGCGUUUCCUUGAGCUUUUUCAGCUGGAGAGAGCUGUGUGGAUGUGUUCGGAAACCGUUCAUCACAUGGCGCAAGGUCAAAUCAUUUCCAUGAGGGCAAAAAAAGAGUAAAGGCCUUUCCAAAGCUGAGGGCAGAUGUGUUGUAGGGACACAGUAGGGGGAGUGGCGGUGUAUCUAGUGGG